CCCUUCAGUCUUGCACAGGUGUACCGUCUCCUCCCCUUCAGUCUUGCACAAGUGUACCGGCUCCUCCCCUUCAGUCUUGCACAGGUGUACCGGCUCCUCCCCUUCAGUCUUGCACAGGUGUACCGUCUCCUCCCCUUCAGUCUUGCACAAGUGUACCGGCUCCUCCCCUUCAGUCUUGCACAGGCUCCUCCCCUUCAGUCUUGCACAGGUGUACCGUCUCCUCCCCUUCAGUCUUGCACAGGUGUACCAGCUCCUCCCCUUCAGUCUUGCACAGGUGUAUCGGCUCCUCCCCUUCAGUCUUGCACAGGUGUAUCGACUCCUCCCCUUCAGUCUUGCACAGGUGUACCAGCUCCUCCCCUCCAGUGUACUGGCUCCUCCCCUUCAGUCUUGCACAAGUGUACUUGC